GCCGAAUCUGCCGACAACCGCGGCACCAGCACAGCCCUAGGGAGCAGACCCUGGCCUCAGCACCCGGCCCGAGCGCCCAGAGGAGAAUCAGCUGGGACCCUGCACUGAUUGAGAGCCUCCAAGGGAAGCCAGACUUAAUGGGAUGGAAACACUCCUGAACUUAGUCUCAAAAAGUCCAAGGUUUGACUUUUAGCUCCGCUGGAUUUACUGUAUGUUGGCCAGAAUUCACAAUGACAACAAUAACAGUGACCACAGAAGUUCCCCCAAAGAAAAAGAUGGAGGAUUCUGCCUUGUAUGAAUCUACGUCAGCUCACAUUAUUGAAGAGACUGAAUAUGUGAAAAAGAUUCGAACUACUCUGGAAAAGAUCAGAAGUCAAAUGUUUAAAGAUGAAGUAAGACAUAACAGUAGGAAUCACAAACUAGAGGCAAAGCCCUGUGGAAACUUUCAAAAUGGCUCCGACUCUGAAGUGGACCCCUCUUGUUGCAGCUUGGAUUUGCUCAUGGAAAAACUGAGAGGAAAAGACCUGCAGCUCUUAGAAGUGAACAAGGAGAAUGAAGUAUUGAAAAUCAAGCUGGAAGCCUCCAGAGAAGCAGGAGCAGCAGUUCUGAGAAAUGUGGCCCAGAAAUUAUUUGAAAACUACCAAGCACAGUCUGAAGAUGUGAGAAAGAAGCAUGAGGACAGUCAACAAUUACUCCAGGUUAAUAAGCUUGAAAAAGAACAGAAAUUGAAACAACAUGUUGAAAAUCUGAAUCAAGUCACUGAAAAACUUGAAGAGAAACAUAGUCAGAUCACAGAAUUGGAGAACCUUCUAGAGAGAAUGGAAAAGGAAAAGAGAUCACUGCUAGAAAGAAAACUGUCUUUGGAAACCAAGCUGCUGCAACUCAAAUCCAACACUGCAUAUGCUAAAAGUUGCCAGGAUCUUCAAACAGAGAUUUCCAUUCUCCAGGAGCAGAUCUCUCAUUUGCAGUUUGUGAUUCACUCUCAGCAUCAGAACCUGCGCAGCAUCAUCCAGGAGAUGGAAGGAUUAAAAAACAAUUUAAAAGAACAAGAUAAAAGAAUAGAAAAUCUGAAAGAAAAAGUCAACAUCCUUGAAGCCCAGAAUAAAGAACUAAAAACCAAGGUGGCACUUUGGUCUGAAACUCCUAGGACAAAAGUAUGUAAGGCUGUGUCUACCAGUGAAAUGAAGACUGAAGGCACUUCCCCUUAUGUGAUGUUGAUUAGACUACGGAAAUGAACUUCUGGAUAGAGAUCCAGUUAAGAAGGACAAUGUGGAUCUCAUUCUUUCCUCAACACGGUGUCUAAACAUUCCUGUUAAAAUAACAUAAUGCAAGUAUUUAAAUGGGAUUUAUUAUAUAUCGGUUGCUUUGGCAGAAGAUGAUAUUCCAGAAAAUCAUGCACAUAUAUACUUGAAGAAGGAACUCUUUCUUCAAAACUUGGUGAAUAAACAAAGAGUCCAGGUCCCUCUAGGGCAGAAGCUCAUUUCUGAAACUCUUCAGCACAGUGCCCGAGGUGGAAAAUCAUACUUUCUUGGAUGGAAGAUGAAUUCUGUUUAAACCUAAAAACAAAGAGAAAAUCUGGAUCUUGUUUCCAGAUUUUUGCUAAAGGAACUCUUUCAAAUUUGUCAGUUUUGACCUUUUGAUAGUGGUUUUUAUGUGUGUAAGCAGAGUGAAUAGAUGUAUGAAUAAAUAGUCUAUUUAAAGUUGACUUAGCUAAUAAAAAAUAUCUUACUAUGACAUAAGUUUAUCUCCUAACCUAUUGUUAAAGAGCGAGUUGUUUCCUACUGAAUUAUGGACAAAGGAAAGAGUAGAUUCUUCUAAGCUAAUUUCCUAACCCAUCCUGCCCACAGAAGUUGAGAAUCAUGGCUGCACUCAUGCAAACAUACUGAUGCUCAGGAAAAUACAAUACACUGCAAUUAAACGAGUAAGGAGAGACUUAGUUACCCUAAAGGGGAAUUCUCUUUAAGACCAUCAUCCACUGUGUAUAACUCUCAACAUUUUCUCAGGAAAAUGUUUCCAACCUUUCAGUAUGGAAUGUGAAGUAUCAGUAUUAUUUAUUAAUAUUUAAAGGUAUGUUCAAGUGAUGUGAAGUAUUUAUAAAUUCAUGCAAGUACUGUAGUCCUCUAAUGUUGCAUUACUCUCUGUGUGGGUUUCAUGCUUCCUGGUGUCCUUGCAAACAUUUGUAUUGUUUGCUAGUUUUUAAGGAAGUUAUCUAAUAAAAUUUACGUCUUAGUUAUCCUAUGCUGGGGCAAUUCUAAGCACUUUACCUGUUUUGAUUCUUGUCGUUUUCUCUCAGACCCUCAGAAGCAGGUCAUGUCAUUAUCCCUGUUUACAGAGAGAUACUGAGAGUGGUUAUGUAAUUUCCCAACUGCUAAUUGUGGACAAGGAUUUGAACCUCUGACUUGGCUGUUGAUGUUCAUUCUGCCUGCUCACUUGGUGGUCUGAGAUAUUUCUCAGUAAUAGAAAUACCCCUCUUCUUGCUAUGUAUCAAACAUGCAACUUCGUGAGGGCUGUCUGUCUACAUUAUCCUGUGGAUGAUGGUCAGAAACAACAUUUACUGAGACAAUCAAUAUUUCCUGAAGUGAGUUUGUCUUUUACUCGUUAGACUAACAUCUAAAGAAUUUAGGCAAACUUUUCUGCUGAGAACCUGCUUAUUUACGUUUAUUAUUCAUGAUUUCAUGAAGUAUUUUUAGGGUAUACAGAGAAUCCACCUUUCCCUGAAAUUCCUUUGAUGCCCUUUUUACCUUAAGCAUUAUGUUAGAUUUUAAAAACUUUGAGAUUUCGAAAUGAACUCAUUUAAGUAACCAAACAGCCUUCAUAAUUUCUAUUAGAACAAUUUAUUCUAAAGUAAAAAAUGGAAAAACCCUCAUGUGCUUUAUUUUGACUUUGCUAUACUCAGUUUUGAACAUCAAAGUACAGUUGGAUACAAUACAGAUGAGACCUGCUCUCCAGGUCCAUUUUGAAACGGACUUUGAAUUCCCUGAGAAUACCAAUCAGCAAUUUCAGAAAUCUCAAAUGAUUCAGACUCGUCAAAAACAAAGACAUCUUUAUAGUAACAUCAGUUUUAUGCAUCAGUUUUAUCUUUCAUUUGUCAUAUUUUGGUUAUUUUUCAUACCCUUAUGGAUUUAAAAUUUAUCAUUCAAAAUAUUUUUUACGUAAACAUUUCAAAACAGAAAUGUUUCUUAAAUAAACAUUUCUGAACAAUAAAACAGAAGAAAUGGGGAAUGAAAUUCAUUACUCUAAAAGUAAAUUUCUGUACAGAAAAUACAGGAGAAGAAAUAGUAGUUCCGUUGUAUUUUAAAUAACUGCAUUUCUAAAUAUAAUAAAUAAUAAAAUACAUAAGAAGAUCUGAGAUGGGCCUAACGUUCAUAUUAUGAAGUUGGGAAUUUAGUUCUACUUUGAUUACAUAUGUUGUUGCAAAUCAUUGCUAAGAAAUGUGUAGAUUAAAAAUUUAAAAAAAGAAAUGUGUAGAUUAAAUAAUUAGUAUAUAUUUUGAACAAUUGUUUAUGUGCCAUACGAUAAAGAAGUCCAAAUAUAUAUAAUGUAAAUGUUGUAUCGUUUUAUAAUAAAAUUAUUAUGCAUUAA